UAAACUUAUUAAAUAGAGUGCUCGCAAUGAUUUCAGAUAUAGUCAGUAAACUGAAUGCAUUGUGUAUAGUGUUAGGUAGUUCGUCCCCAAGACGACAGGAGCUUCUAAAGCGAAUCGGUCUACAGUUUUUGGUCGUCAAAUCCAAUUUCCCUGAGAAUCUAGACAAGGGCAGCUACAAAUUGUCACACGAGUAUAUUAGAGAGACAGCAUUGAAAAAGUUGACGGAUGUUAAGACACAGGUCGAAGAGAGCGUGCAUAAUUGCCGGUUGAUUAUCGGAGCGGAUACUGUAGUUGUUCUGGAUGGACAGAUAAUGGAGAAACCAGCAAGUGCAGAGGAGGCCAAACUGAUGCUGAGAGCGCUCUCGGGUAGGAGACACGAGGUGGUAUCUUCGUGUGUCGUGUUCUACAGACGAGAGGGUGAUGAUAGUUGGCGGACUGAGCAGUUCGAGACUACCACUGGCGUCCACUUCGCCAGCUUGCCGGAGAGCCUCAUCGAGGCCUAUGUUGCGACCGGGGACUCAUUUGACAAAUCUGGAGGCUACGGGGCUCAAGGAGUGGCAGGAUCUUUCAUCGAGUCACUUGACGGAGAUUUCUUCAACGUCGUUGGUCUCCCGAUUCAGCCCCUGAGCGCAUGUCUGCGUAGAAUUGUAGAGGCGAACUUUUAAAAGACUAGUCGAGGCCAACUUUUAAAAUUUAUUUUUUUAUAGUGUUCCAUAUUUUUUCCAAAUCAAUCAGUAAAUGGACUAAAUGUACUCUUUCCUUCAUGGAAUUUAAGAGAGGUUAUUAUAAUUUUGCUAAUUUUGAGAAAGUUAGUAAAGCUGUCCUGUGAACUUUGAGCAAGAGAUCUUCGAAUUGUUACGUGAUGCGACAAUUCGCAAGAAAAGACAGCGC